AGUGUGUAUAUUCCUGUGCAUCUUUUUUGCGCGUGUGUGUGCGUGUGCCUGAUUAUGCCUGGUUUGUUGUCCAGCAGAGGGAGUGUAGGUUAUAUUGCUUGUGUAUGCAUCUGAGUGCUGUGCCAGCUUUUAAUUAGUAGCCUAGUACGUGACUGUGAGUGAUUGUGUCUGCUUGUGCUUGUGCAUAAAUUCACAUUUUACAUCUGUGCAUGUAGAUAUAUAGGUUAGGCAUUGUGUGGGCACGUACUUAAGAUGCCCAGCAUUUCUUUUGCACCACAUCCCCUUCCUAGUACAUGCCCUUGUUUCAGUUGGCCACCUGUUUGACCUCGUGAACACCCUGAGAGACGAAAAGCUCCAGCAGGAUGAGUGAGCGUUCUGGUGCAAGCACUCUAGCAGCCAUGACGCUGGAGGAGCCGGGGGCUGAACAGGCAUCUCCCCGAGCCCCAGGCCCUCUCCGCUGUGGCCCUUGUGCCGUGUGGCCACGCCAGCAGACCUGGCUGUGUGCCGUGCCCCUGGUAAUGGGCUUUGUGGGACUGGGACUCAGUCUCAUGCUGCUGAAAUGGAUUGUGGUGGGAUCUGUCCAAGACUAUGUCCCCACUGAUCUAGUGGAUCCUAAAGGUAGCAUUGGACAGGACCCUAUAUUUCUCUCCAAACCAAGUGCCAUGCCCAAGGGGCCCGACAUUUCCACCGCCACCACUUCUUCAGCUGCCUCUACCACAGCAAUGGUGUCGACUACCACGCCGCUAGCUGCGGAUGGUACCGCCCCAGCAACAAGAACUCGAUCGGGGCCACCAGCAAACCACUCAGCCAAUGGCAGCACUUCCAAUGAAGACGGUGCUCCACACCUUCAUAAUCGUGUUGGCAAUCGCAUAAGCGGCACUGUAGUUACCACCUCCACCGCUCGCACCACCCGACUUCCCCCACCACCCAGCGGUAAGGAGGUCACCCAUCGCAGCACUGUUAAAAAAGGAAGCAGUGCUAGUAAUGGACAUAACGGAGCCGCCAACUCAAAGCCAGGACACACUUCUACAAUCACCACUACAGCAUCCACUUCAACUACUGCUACUGUGAAGACCACCGCCAAGGUGCAAUCGACCACCUCCCAGCCUGCAGCCCCACUCAAACCCACGUCACGCUGGAAUCACGGGCGCCCAGGCAAGGGUCCAGCCACGAGACCACACCACCGCUUCCGAACACUGGCCCCCACACUUCCUAGUCUACGUUCGGAGGUCUUCAAGCCAUGUGUGGAAGACAAGGACCUGGCCUUUUGUCUAAAUGAGGGAGAGUGCUCCAUUAUUGAAACCGUGGCUGGGGUUCACAGACACUGCAGGUGUAAGGAGGGCUACCAUGGGCUGCGCUGUGACCAGUUUGUACCCAAGACAGAUGCUAUCUUGUCAGACCCAACGGAUGAACUUGGGAUCGAGUUCAUGGAGAGUGGCGACACCUACCAGAGGCAGGUGCUGUCCAUCUUCAGCAUUGCUUCAGGGAUCUGUCUUCUUGGAGUGGCAUGUAUGGCUCUCUACCAUCGCAACAAGAGACACGGGGAGAAACUCCAGGCUCAUUUCCCUGAUAGCCGCAGCCUGAGAGACUGCAGUGUCAAUGCCUCUGGCCUCAUGUCCAAAUCUACUCCCAGGCUUCAAUACAGCCUUCAACUCCAAAAGAACUGCAGUUCUCAUGGAUCGUCUGUUAAGAGCGGCAGCGUGGCAUCAGGCACAUCAACGGUGGCCCCACCUAUUCUCAGCAGAGCACUGUCUAAAGGGAAACGCUUCAGAAGUAGUUCCCUCUCACUUAGUCCUGCCCAACAACGGAGGGAGACCAAUUAUUUCAGGACCCCACCUAUUUCCAGAGGGAAGCAUAAAAUAUCUACAAAUCUCCUCGAUGGAUCCAGAGUGGCUGGACACGUCUACAAACACUUGCAGGAGGAUGAGUCAAAAGAAAUGGAGUCCAUAAGAAGGUGUGAUUCUGCCAGUGGAAGGGUCGGCACCCUCCUCAGCAGGACCUCACUCUCUCACUUUGCAGCCAGAAAAGGAUGGACCGAGGUCCCGUGCACCCGCCUAGAUAAGGGAACAACCUUCCUUCCACCCUCCCUGUGCACCCGCUCUGUGCCCAUCAUCCCCUCACUCCAAGCGAGUGACCUCAAAGCGGGGCAUGCAGACACGAGUGAGUGGAACAAAGGGGGUCUCCUCAAGUGGCACCCUGUGCUGGCUGGAAAGACAGUGGUGCCCAUUAGCGAUUCUCCCUCUCCCCAUUGUGAGAUCGUAGUGCUGGGGCCUGGUGUCAUGCCCAGCAGUGUUAGCCCUCCUGCCACCGCCACUGCUCCACUGGGGUCGGAGAAGAAUCCCAGCUCCACACAAACACCGUGCUCCAUUGAAAUUACAGUGGAACUCGCGCAGGAAUUAAAACAGAAAAGCCUUUCCAGCUCAAUGAAAAUGUCCGGGUCUCACAGCGAGAUUCACCGCGUCGGUACAAACACUCUCGAGACUGGGACUGCGCAAGAGUCACAACGGAAAAGGGUCCAAUAUUCAGCCAGAGUUCUGCACACAGGCAGUGGGACCAGAGGUUCGAAUGCAGUAGGCCAAAGAGAAGCACAGGGACAGUGCCAAGGUCAGACAUCCCUCGUGUAUGGAGGCGCAAACUGCUCCUUGACCACCAAAGGGCCCAGUUGCAGAGGAACUGGAAACGCUUAUGCCAAGCCCUCUGCAAGCUGA